GAGGGAUACAUAGUCCCCAUUACUAACACGCCGGCUAUACACACCUCCAUCCCUCUUGUGGAAACUCCAUCUAAGGAACGAGCUCACUCGUAGUCUGGUUCGUAGAUAAUCAGCUCAGAUCCAUCAAACAUGGCCGAUCAGCUAACAGAGGAACAGAUUGCAGAGUUCAAGGAGGCAUUCUCUUUAUUCGACAAGGACGGCGAUGGCACCAUCACAACCAAAGAGCUGGGCACCGUGAUGAGGUCGCUCGGACAGAACCCCACGGAGGCUGAGCUGCAGGACAUGAUCAACGAGGUGGACGCCGACGGCAAUGGCACAAUUGACUUCCCAGAGUUCCUAACCAUGAUGGCCAGAAAAAUGAAGGACACAGACAGUGAGGAGGAGAUCCGUGAAGCCUUCAGGGUAUUUGACAAGGACGGCAACGGCUACAUCAGCGCCGCAGAGCUCCGUCACGUCAUGACAAACCUGGGGGAGAAGUUAACAGACGAGGAGGUGGACGAGAUGAUCAGAGAAGCGGACAUUGACGGAGAUGGGCAGGUCAACUAUGAAGAGUUUGUACAGAUGAUGACUGCAAAGUGAAGCUCGUUCGACCUACCCUGUCCCCUCUUAGAAGAAUUAAAAAAAAAUCUAAAAUGUUUUACUUACCUCUUGGAAAAAAAUGUUCAUUUAUUCAUACUGUUUCUGUAUAGAAAAUAAUUGAAUGUUUAAAUAAAAUAUCCUUCUGUCCACACAGAGAAAAAUAAAUAAAAAUAUAUCUGCAUGAUAUGGUUAGUGACCCUGUCCCAAAAAGAUGAGUUUAGCAUCAGUACUUUAAAGAGAAAUAUAACUACCCUGUAUUAACUACCUUCAAACUGAAGCGAGGCGUUUGGAACCCCUGAAACAUGGAACCCCUUCCAAGUUUGAUCCAUCUGCUAGUGGUGAUGUUUGGGCUGGCCAUCUCUCUCUCUUCUUCUCUGUUUUCUGUUCUUCAUGCAUGCAGCUUGUGACUGGAGUACUCCCUCCAGCCAAUCCGAGCGUGCUGAUUCCACAGGGGUGUCGUUGGUAUUGUUGAUUUGGUACAGUUUUUUUUGUAUUUGGAGAGGAACCGUAAUGAUAUGAAAGGAAAUAUGGUUCUUAUUCAAGCUGAAAGUGAAAUGGAACUUACUUGUAUGCUAGAUAAAGAGAUAUACAA